ACUGCAGAAACCCCAACUUCCUAGGAAGAAAUGCUCUUUUCCAUCCCGGAAUUCUGCCCAGACUAACAGGGAUGCCAAAGGAAAAAUAUGAUCCUCCAGAUCCUCGCAGAAUUUACACCAUCAUGUCAGCGGAAGAGGUGGCCAACGGGAAGAAGUCGCACUGGGCUGAAUUAGAGAUCUCGGGGAGAGUGCGGAGCUUAAGUACGUCGCUGUGGUCGCUGACACACCUGACUGCUCUGCACCUCAAUGACAACAACCUUACUCGCAUUCCACCUGAUAUUGCCAAGCUUCACAAUCUGGUUUACCUGGAUCUGUCAUCCAACAAACUCAGAAGUUUACCAGCAGAACUAGGAAACAUGGUGUCUCUCAGGGAAUUGCUUUUAAAUAACAAUCUGUUACGGGUUUUGCCUUAUGAACUUGGACGGCUCUUCCAGCUGCAAACCCUGGGUUUGAAAGGCAAUCCUUUAUCCCAAGAUAUUCUCAGCCUCUACCAGGAUCCAGACGGAACCCGAAAGCUACUGAACUACAUGCUUGACAAUCUAGCAGUUCAUCCAGAGCAGCUGCCUCCAAGGCCAUGGAUUACUUUAAAAGAACGAGACCAAAUUCUGCCCUCAGCUUCAUUUACAGUUAUGUGUUACAAUGUGUUGUGUGAUAAAUACGCCACCCGGCAGCUCUAUGGCUACUGCCCAUCCUGGGCACUCAAUUGGGAGUACAGGAAAAAGGGAAUCAUGGAAGAAAUCGUCAACUGUGAUGCAGAUAUCAUUAGUCUUCAGGAAGUGGAAACGGAGCAAUACUUCACCCUUUUCCUGCCAGCCUUGAAAGAACGGGGAUACGACGGAUUCUUUUCUCCAAAGUCACGUGCCAAAAUCAUGUCCGAGCAGGAGAAAAAGCACGUGGACGGCUGCGCGAUAUUCUUCAAAACGGACAAGUUCACGCUGGUGCAGAAGCACACGGUGGAGUUCAACCAGGUGGCCAUGGCCAACUCGGAGGGCUCGGAAGCCAUGUUGAACAGAGUGAUGACCAAGGACAACAUCGGAGUCGCCGUGGUGUUGGAGGUGCACAAGGAGUUGUUCGGAGCAAGUAUGAAAUCGCUUCACGUGGACAAGCAGCUGCUCAUCGUGGCCAAUGCCCACAUGCACUGGGACCCCGAAUACUCAGAUGUGAAACUCAUCCAGACCAUGAUGUUCGUCUCAGAGCUGAAAAACAUCCUGGAGAAAGCCUCAAGCAGGCCCAGUAGCCCAACAGCAGAUCCCAACUCUAUCCCUCUGGUGCUGUGUGCGGAUCUCAACUCGCUGCCUGAUUCAGGUGUAGUGGAGUACCUGAGCAACGGCAUAGUAGCUGACAACCACAAGGACUUCAAGGAGCUGCGCUACAACGAGUGUCUGAUGAACUUCAGCGGCAACGGGAAGAACGGAGCCUCGGAGGGCAGGAUCACGCACGGCUUCCAGCUCAAGAGCGCCUACGAGAACAACCUGAUGCCUUACACCAAUUACACUUUUGACUUCAAAGGUGUGAUUGACUACAUUUUCUACUCCAACACCCACAUGAACGUGCUCGGAGUCCUGGGGCCUUUGGACCCUCAGUGGCUGGUGGACAACAACAUCACGGGCUGCCCUCACCCGCACAUCCCCUCCGACCACUUCUCGCUGCUGACGCAGCUGGAGCUGCACCCGCCGCUGCUGCCGCUGGUGAACGGCGUGCACCUGCCCUCCCGCAGGUAGUGCAGCCCCAGGGCGCCUCGGACCUGCCUCACGGACCUGUACACUUGUAAAUCCCACUAGAUAGGAGUGAAGUAUGGCCAACCUGCAGCUGCUUCUUCGAGCUCCUUUUCCUUAUGUGUUUGAUAUGAGAUUUUUGCACAUUUUGGUGCAUAUCGGUAUUAUUUGGCACUAGGGCUGGAACCAAAGUAUUAUUCCCCUUUCCAGGUUUUUAAUUUAAUUUUUGUUUGUGUUUGGGUUUUUUUUUUGGUUGUUGUUUGUUUGGUUGGUUGGUUUUUUUUUUUACUUUAAACUGGCUUUUUCUUUUCAGUAGGAAGCUGCACUUCUAAACGGACAAAAGAGGUUUGAAAACUUGCAUUUAACAUAUUUCAAGGUAAUGCUUUUUUCCAGAACGUGGCAAAUUGAGCCAAACUUUUAGGAGAAAGAAGAACAAAGCUAGAGAUGCUUGUUUUGUAGGAAGAAUAUUAUUAGAAAUACUGUUUGUUUGAAUCCGGAACGGAGACUCAACUCUGCAUCCAAUAUAAAUUUUGCACAUUAGCAAAGCACUUAAUACCUGACUAUAAAUGAUUGGCAGCAUGGCCCUGCCCCUCAUCUCAAUACUAUCAGAAAACCAAAGAUAGCCAAGCAUCUGUGAUCAAAUUUGAGCUCUAAAUCCUCCUGAUUCCAAUUUGUUUGGGAGCUGUUGUCAGUCAGGGCUGAAGUAAAAAAACUGCUGGUUCCUUCCCAAAUGUUGAUGCUCUUUGGAUGUGUUGGAAAUCCUUGUUUUCUUUCCUUUUCAUGCUCUGGGUGGCCAGUUCAAAACCUUGUGCCUCGAGAGGCAUUAAACAUGAUGCAAUUUUCUGAAAAAAACAAAAACAAACAAAAAAAAACAACAACAAAAAAAACCCAAACCUGUUUGGCUGCUUAAUGUUUAAAAAACAAGGCACAGUGAUAGGAAAAGGUCGUGUCUGUGUUUUUAAGUUUUUCUUUAUUCUGCUUUUUUGCUGCUAUAAGAUUUUCUUGAAUUUCUAUUUGAAACUUUUCAUGCACUUUACUGUUUCUAGUCUCCAAAUGUGAUAUUUUUAAUAAAUGAAAAACAUUUUCCAUGAUGUGAUUGAAAUUUUUAAGCAGAUUGAUAAGCCUAUAUUUAUGUCUCAUUCGUAUACUUCAAAAAAAGUCCAAUUUGAAUUGUGAAAUUGGUUUUAAAUACUAAAGAGCCAUCCUCUGUCCUGCAAAACUGCCAAGUCAGGCUGUUCCUCUUUAAUUAAAUAUUUCCUUUGUCAUUUUAUACACAGGAAAUUUUCCAUGGGGGG